UAUGAGACCGAUUGGAGCGAAGUGUCGGCUCAGGUGUGGCCCCAGGAGUCGCUCAUUGAGAUACAGGCGCUCAGCCCCGGGAACUGGUAUUUACUCAAUGUUAAGGCUAUCAAUGAGGCGGGCAGUGUUGAACAGACCUACCAGUUCGCCACACUUACGGCACAGGGAGGCACAGUAUCGCCACUGUCCGAGAGGGAGCCGUUAGGUUUGGAAAGCAUAGCAAUAGUAAUACCUGUGAUAUGUUCGGUGAUUGUGUUGACUGUGAUACUAAUAAUUGGCUUAAUUGUGGUCAAUAAGCGCCGACUGCCGGCCACUCAUAACCCAAACCAAUCGCUACAUAAUCAGCAAAACCACUGCCGCGACGACCAGCUAUUGGGCUCAGCCUACCAUUUGUCGGUACUGGACAGUCAGCCCCCGAAGGACAGUCACGAGAACCAGUGCUUCCACACGACUGUCCUCAACCAGAAACAGAUAUACUUUCAGUCGCCGUACGCACUCUCCCGGGUUGACCACAAAAUGUGUGUCCCUUUCGAUGGCAUCGACAGCUCGGACGACAUGAGUGUAUCCAUGGCUGGAGUACAGCCCACCCGAGAGCACGUCUAUGAGAAGCCUUUCCCACCGAAAUGGGUGAAGGGAACGGGACCCCAAUCGGAGGAGGCAUACGGACAGACACUACUGAUGGACAGACCGACAGCCCCGCAGCUAUCGGUGGGUGACGUGACCUUUGACUCCAUAGAGAUAGUGUGGAGUUUCCCUCUGGAAAGCCCUAACCUAACGGUGGCGUUGGCGACAAUCAACGGGUAUUACAUAUACUCUAAAAGCCAUUCCUCUCAAUGGAUGGACAAACAGAUCCGUCAGAAAAUCAGUUCCUAUACUGCGAUAGACUUACUCUGCGGUACACUCUAUCAGUUUUAUGUCGUGGCGUACAAUGCGAUGGGAAAGGGAGACCCGAGUGAUGCCAUUGCUAUUAAGACUAAAGGAUCAGCGCCGACAUCUCCCAAACAUGUGUCUGAAUUGGUUGUGGCGAACACGACGUCGGCGCUCAUUCGUCUGGACGGCUGGCCAUCAAACGGCUGUCCCAUCAAAGAGUUUGUCAUAAAAUACAAACCAUCCAAAUAUGAGACCGAUUGGAGCGAAGUGUCGGCUCAGGUGUGGCCCCAGGAGUCGCUCAUU